UUCCUUUGCCUUAUUCUGAUCUUCUCCAUUUCAUCUUCUGUAAUCUUAGCUGUGCAUUUGCAGAUCAUUAUCUUCGCUUUCUCAACCUAUCCUCGCUUGGAUCUGCAAAUGCGCAUCGUUUCCACUUCCUCUCUUUAUCAGAUUCUUCAUUUCUCGGGUUUCGAAGCUCAGUUCAGGAACUCUAUAGUUACGUUGAUUUCUAAUGAUUUGGACAGUAGAUUGAGGAGAGAAGCGUUGUAGAGUUGGAAUUGCGGUAUGCAGCUUUAUUCAUUUACAAAAGAACUAUGGAAGGUGACAGAACAGUAUCGACUCCUUCGGUUGGGCUCAGCAUCGGCGAUGAUGCUCAGAGAAUGCGAUCUCUUCAUGGGAGGAUCACCGGUCCUACAAGACGUUCUACAAAAGGACAAUGGACAGCUGAAGAGGAUGAGAUUCUGCGCGACGCUGUUCAACGCUUUAAAGGAAAAAAUUGGAAAAAGAUAGCCGAGUGUUUCAAGGAUCGGACUGAUGUACAGUGCUUACACAGGUGGCAAAAGGUCUUGAAUCCUGAGUUAGUUAAAGGUCCUUGGUCUAAAGAGGAGGAUGAACUAAUAAUCGAGUUGGUGAACAAAUAUGGGCCAAAAAAGUGGUCAACCAUUGCUCAGCACUUACCUGGACGAAUUGGAAAACAAUGCAGAGAAAGGUGGCAUAAUCAUCUCAAUCCUGCCAUAAACAAAAAGGCAUGGACUCAGGAAGAAGAGUUGGCUCUGAUUCGAGCUCAUCAGAUAUUUGGGAAUAGAUGGGCAGAGCUCUCAAAGUUCUUGCCAGGAGGAAGGACAGACAAUGCAAUAAAAAAUCACUGGAACAGUUCGAUCAAAAAGAAAUUGGAAUCUUAUAUAGCAUCAGGCCUUCUAGAACAAUUUCAAUUCUCACUUCCUGCAAAUCAAAGCCAGCCUAUGCCUUCAUCUUAUUUGACGAUUCAGAGCAAUGUAGAUGAUAGUGCUGCUAAAAUUAGGACAAAACCUGAGGACAUAUCAGAAUGCAGCCAAGAGUCAGCGAUGGUUAGCUGCUCUCAGUCUAAUGCUGCUGCGCAUACAGGAGAGCAAUUCCACUUUACUGAAAUGCCUGGUGUGGCAAAGGAGAAAAAUUCCAGUCCAGCACAUUGUUCAGAAGAAUAUUACCCAUCUUUAGAAGAUGUCAACUUCUCCAUUCCAGAAAUACAUAGGGAAGGUUGCUCUUCGAGUGGGGAUUACCAGUUUGGUUUACCAGAUUUACCUGAUAUUUCUUCUCUGGACUUGGGGCAAGAAUCAUCAGGACCAAGUAACUGUAUAGACACCAGAAAAAGCCAUGAAGUGAUGAAUAUCACAUUUCAGUCUUCUGUAGAAUUAAAUGCUCCUACACCUUCCAUCAAUAUGGGUACAUCUUCAGACAAACAAGAACAAACGUUGAUACCUGAUGAUGAAUGCUGUAUCGUCCUAUUCUCGAAGGCAGUAAAUGAUGGAUGCUUUGCCUCUGAAAAUUUUACACAAGGAUCUAAUAUGGUUGAAAUGGGUGGCUUCACAAAUGCAUUACUUUCUCAGGCUUCAGACAUCCAAAUAUCUGAAACGGGAAGAACUCCAGCCUUACAAUUGAAUUGUCCUUCAAGGUCUGAAGUAUUGCCAACCUCAUGCUGUCAAUCUUUUGUGUCUCCUUCACUUCUUUCAGUUGAGGAUGGUACAUAUAUGAUUGGAGGUGACAGUUGUCAGUUAAACGGUCAACCUUUUGGAAAUCAAGAGCAAGCAUUUACUAUGAAUGCACACGAUGACUUUAUGUAUACCAGUGAUGAUCAUAUAGGCAAUACAGAUCUGCAAGGGCAGUCAUACCUUGACAAGGAUUCUCGGAAGUUGGUUCCAGUGAAUUCUUUUGGUUUAGAAUCAAGUGUAGCAGAAACUUGUUCUAGUGUGGAGGAUAAGCCAACCUUGCCUGCAGAACAAGAAGUUGGAGGUCUAUGUUAUGAGCCUCCUCGAUUUCCAAGUUUGGAUAUUCCGUUUUUCAGCUGUGACAUUAUACCCUCUGGCUGUGAUAUGCAGCCAGAAUAUAGUCCUCUUGGUAUUCGCCAGCUGAUGAUAUCUACGAACUGCAUCAGUCCAUUUCGGUUGUGGGAUUCACCGUCACGGGAAAAUAGUCCUGAUUCUCUGCUGAAAAGUGCUGCAAAAACAUUUUCCGGUACACCAUCCAUUUUGAAGAAGCGCCACCGUGACCUUCUAUCACCUUUAUCAGAGAGACAAUGUGAGAAAAAACUGGAAAUUGAUAUGGCAUCCAAUUUGACCGAAGAUUUCUCUCGCUUGGAUGUAAUUUUCAACGAGUAUGAGACUGGCAACACAUCUCAAGUGCGCCCAUCUGAACAUAAAACCAACUCUCGUGUCUCCACUGAAGAAAAAGAAAACCCAUCUCAAGCAUUUGAUGAGGAUAAACACAAUGGAGGGGAUCAUACUGACUCUUUAAAUGAUGAAGCUCAGAAGAAUGAUUCUAAUGGAACUGGUUCCCUAGGAAACAUGGAAAAGGAAGCCCGUGAAAUUCAUACAAAGGACAAAACUGAAAUUGAUGCUUCGUACAAAAUUGUUCAACGCCCUGCUGCUGUGCUUGUUGAGCGUAAUUUAAAUGAUCCAUUGUUGUUUUCUCCUGAUCAUGUUGGUCCUAAAGCAGGCAGAUCAUUGUUGUCUUCAAGCAUGCAAACUCCAAGAAAUCGAUAUCAUAAAAGCACAGGAGCCACACCAAAUCAGGGUCUUGCAUCUGAAUGCUUGUCGGGAAAUGCAUGCACAGUUGUUAGCUCCCCUACUCUGAAGUUAAAGAAGAAUGAAGGCCACUCAACUGCCGAUACUACAGUACAAUGUAUGGAUUCGUCAGCAACUCUAGAGAAUUUGGUUGAUAAUACUGGGAAUAAUGCUACUACUGAGAGUUAUAAUAUAUUUGGAGACACUCCAUUCAAAAGAAGUAUUGAAUCACCAUCAGCAUGGAAAUCUCCCUGGUUUAUCAACUCUUUUGUUCCCGGCCCAAGAAUUGACACAGAAAUAACAAUUGAGGACAUGGGAUAUCUUAUGAGCCCUGUGGAGAGAAGCUAUGAUGCCAUUGGGUUGAUGAAACAAUUAAGUGAACAUACUGCAGCUGCUUAUGCUGAUGCCUUGGAGGUUUUGGGAAUUGAAACUCCGGAAUCAAUCAUAAACGGUCCUAAUAACAUGGACAAAGAGAAUAGUCGGUUAGAGAACCAUUCACAUUUGGCUUCAAAUAUCUUGGCAGAGUGCAGGACACUUGAUUUCAGUGAAUGUGGAACACCAAGGAAGGGAACUGAAAAUGUCAAGUCCUCAACAUCCAUGAGUUUCUCAAGCCCCUCUUCCUAUCUUUUGAAAGGUUUGAGAUAGCUAAAAGCCUCCAAUGUUUGUAUUUGAUCUCAUGUUUUUAUAUCUUUCUUUUUCUUCAUGCGGGUGCUUUACAAU